AUGUCUACACCCGACCAUCUUGAUCCUAGUGAGCUCGGCACGAAAGAGUACUGGGACGCCACAUACAGGCGGGAGCUUACGAAUUUCGCCUCAGAUACUUCUGACGUUGGCACAAUAUGGUUUUCAGACUCGUCAGCCGAGGAACGGACACUAAAAUUUCUCGAACAGCUGUGGGAUGAAGGUCUGUUGACAAAGGAAGAUUCCAUGAACGGCGAUGAAAAGCAAGCUGCGACUUCCUUUAUUGAUCUCGGAGCUGGUAAUGGGCAUAUGCUUUUUGCGCUCAGAGAGGAGGGCUGGGGAGGAAAGAUGGUGGGCGUGGACUACUCGCCGGAGGCUGUUCAAUUGGCACAGAAAAUAGAACAGGAGGAGAGGAGCAAAGGCGAAUGGACUGGGAGCGAAGCAAGCGUCAUUUUUGAAAGGUGGAAUGCUAUAACACAAGAACCCGGGCCUUGGAUGAUUCCCGGUGGAUUUGAUGUUGCUCACGACAAAGGCACCUUCGAUGCAAUCAGUCUCAGCGAGGAGACGGACGAACAAGGACGAAGGAUCUGUGAAGGGUACCGGGAGAGGGUAGAAAAUCUGGUUAGAAUUGGUGGGCGAGUCAUAGUGACAAGUUGCAACUGGACGAGUGAUGAACUCAAAUGCUGGUUGGCACAGGGCCAGCUUGAAGCCGAAAGAGAAGUAAAAUAUCCUAGCUUUCGCUUUGGUGGGAAGGAAGGUUCUCAGAUUUGCACGGUCUGCUUUGUAAGAAGACCGAAAUAG